CGUCGGGCAUCAAUCUCGCCGGGGGCAUCCAGCCUGUCGCCCACCAUCGCCGAUCAUCCAGCAUCGAGGGACCGUCAUCCAGCCGUCAUCGACCAUAAAGCGCCAUCAUCUGCCCAUCAUCUGCCAUCUGCCGUCCCUCACCCAGCAUCCGCCUUCAAGCGAUCAUAACUCGUCAUCAAUCAUCACACGCCCAUCAUCGUCCGCCAUCAGACGCAUCAGACGCAUCCGCGGUCCAACGAGCCCCCUCCCUCCAUAGCCAUGUCAGACCACGCAGAGAUCGACAGCUUGCUCAAGGAGGCCGCCCUGAAUCUCCUCGACGAUAGCAAGCCAGACAACGAUGAAGACGACGCCUCCGAUGACGGCUCGAUCGUCCUGGACGGCACCUGGGAGAGCGAUGGAGGCCCCAUGGCCGUCAUCCCCGGCCCUGCAGAUCCAAUCAGAGUCUUCACCGGCGGCGAUGACCACCACGAAUCAGAGAGUGAAUACGUCCUGCCCAUGGACGACGAAUACGACGACCUAAGCCGGCUGCCCGUCGGAGUAGGACGCUCCCUCAACGAAGCCCUUGUCGACAUCGGAACUGAUCUGAAGCAGCCCGGCAAAGACUAUGUCUCGACGCUCUGGGAGGACGAGGAUCCAGAGACCAUGGAAUACAUCGACGAGGCUCUUGGUGUCUCCUCCAAGCAACAGGGCAAGAGAAAACGAGCCGGACGCCGGCGCCGAAAAGCCAUGGACUUGCCUCCGGACCUGCACAGCGCCCUCGGAAGCGCCAACAGCGCCUUUGCCCGUCGAGACAUGAAGAGAGCGAUUGAACUCUGCCAUACAGUCCUUCGCCAAGAGCCCCGUUCCGCCUAUGCCUGGACGACGCUUGCACAGAUGCUGGGCGAUGUCGGCGAAAAAGAAAAGGAGCUGCAUGCGCGGCUGGUAGCAGUGCAUCUCAAACCCGAUCUCGACGAGUGGAAGCACAUCUCUGUGCUCGCCAACGAGCUGGGAGAUGACGAACAGGCACUCUAUGCCCUCGAACAAGCCCUAAAGAAGGCGCCGUAUGAUAUACAGGCGCUCUGGGAUCGAUCCCAUCUCCUCGUCAAGCUCGAGGAACCCGAGAAGGCCAUAGAAUGUUUUCGAAAGCUGCUCCACGUUGUCCCAAACAACGUGGACAUCAUAAAAGUACUCGCAAAGCUCUACGCGCAAGUCGGCGACAGCAAAAGCAUGUUGCCGCUCUACGAGUCCGCAUUCAAGGCGGAUGCAACGCUGCCGCUGGCUCUUGAAGAGGCCCAGAAUGAAUACGACGACGAUGAUUUGGACGACUUUAUCGGCAAGCCCAGCGCCGAUUCCAAUGACGAACAGGUCAUCGGCGAGAUUGUCAUGGGCGCCCGCGUCACGGUCAAGACACGCGUUGGCUACGAGGAGCUGCUUCAGAUGGCUGAAGCCUAUAUCGAGAUGAGGGAUUACGAAAAGUGCAUUGCGGUGAUCAAAGAAGGUGCGCGCCGCAUCCAAGACCGCGAGCAAGAGACAUUCUUGGAGGAGUGGGAAGAAAACGACGAGGAGUUUGACGACGACGAAGAGCACUAUCUUCCGCUAGAGCUCCGCACCAAGCUCGGCAUCUGUCGUCUGUGGCUCGACAACUUUGAGGUCGCUCAGGCACAUUUUGCAUACCUGUACGAGAGUCCGUUGUCCGAGUACAGAGAGCUCUUCUACGACGUCAUCGAUGCAUACGUCGGCAAGAGAAUGUACCAAACUGCGCUGGACGUGUGCUACUAUCUCGAAGAAGAUGAUUCUGCCCACAGCGCUGCAGCAUGGGCUCUCAUGGGAUACUGCCACCAGCAACUCAAGACAGACGACUAUGACCGCGCCAUACUCUACUAUAAUAAGGUCCUCAAUGUCGACCCCCAAAAUAUUGAAGUCAAGGCCCAGCUGUCGCAGAUCUACGAGGAGCGCGGAGAUGAAGACGCCACGAUCAGACUCCGUCGUGAAGUUGAGGCCCUUGAGGAGGCCAGUGCCGCAAUCGCUCGCCAAAGCAGCCGGCCGAAAUCAUCGUCGCGUCGCUCCUACGGCGGAGCCGAGCGGGCCUUCAACCUCCGCAGCAAGUCGAUAUCUCGGCCGAUCGAAAAGGCUCAGAAGGUUGCCAAGUUGGAGAUCGAAUACAAGAACCGAAGCAUCGAAAACCAGUCCAAGUAUCAAGCCAUGCUGGAACAUGAAACUGAGCAGUACAACAAGAUUCAGCGCAACGAGUUCCUUCGGUGUGCCCGCAAGCUGGUGCAAUCGUUCCAGGAAACCAAGGAGUUCUAUCCGUCUGACAGGAACAAGUCAUUUGUUGGCACCCGAUGGAACAAAGACAGUAGCGGCGCCAACUUUGAAGGCUACUUGGGACUGCGCUUUUCCCAGUGGCUCGAAGUAUUCGAGAAGUAUGCUCGCAACCUGACCCUGGAUGGCCGACACGAGGAAGCUUUCCAUUCUCUGAAAUCGGCUCUAGAUUCGUGUGUCUUCUGGAGCGACCUUGUCUGGAGAAACCAGCUUCGGCUGCAUAUCAUGACAUCCGCUCUGUACGCCGGAAACUUGAUCAGAGUCACGGAGUACCUUCGCGGGAUAGAGAGCGAUUUUCGACUGAGUGAUGGCGUGUACAAACUCUACAAUGCCAUUUUCAACGGCAACACAAACUCGCUGCAUUUGUAUGCAUCGGGCACAGCCCAGAAGCUCUUCCUGCGAAACAUCCGAGACAUGGAGGCCAAGCAACAGCCGAGCGCGAUCGUAUACACGCUCUAUGGCCACAUUCUGAGCUGUGGUCGGUCUUACACGGACGCAAUCGGACUUUAUCUCAAGGCAUACAAGCUCUGUCCCAGUGAUCCUAUCACCAACUUAUGUCUCGGGAUCAGCCACAUCCACCGUGCUCUGCAGCGCAAGACUGACAAUCGACAUCUAAACAUUGCACAGGGAUUCGCAUUUCUGUUCCAAUACGCCGAUUUACGCGGCGACACACAAGAGGUCUUUUACAACAUCGCCAGGGCAUACCAUCACAUUGGUGUCUGGCAUCUGGCACUCAAGUACUAUGACCGAGUCCUAAGUCUGGCCAGCGAACAGAUGGCUCAAGAUAGCAGCGCGGACGAAGACAGUCUGGCCAAGGAGGCGGCAUACAACUGUGCCAUGCUCCACUACAGCAAGGGCAACCCGGCACUGGCUCAGUUCUAUAUGAGCAAGCACUGCCGGUUUUAGGGCAUCGUCAUCGAUACCAAUACACACGCGUAGUCACAAUCACUCCAUCA